CUAACGUCAGAAGACCCGCUGAAAUUCAAAGUUGGAGGAGGAGACCGAGCGGAAGGUUGUUUGUGGUUUCCCGUCAGUUAACGUUGACUUGUUUUCAUACAGACUGUAGUUUCAUACACACUUCUUUUCAGCUCAGUAUGGAAGCUGGUGAGGAAGAUAGUGGCAACGUCGGCUUGAAGAGACAGAGAGCGCCUCUGUCAGAUUCUGAAGACAAUGUCUUCUCACCUUCAGAGGUGAACGAUGGCCAGAAGCGACGGCGUUUGGAGGCAGCUGGUCAGGAGAACCGUAGUCCUAAACCGUCUUCCUCUGGACGACUAGCUGAGCUAGACUCCAAGCCAGACACACCUAUGGUUCCUUCAGUCCGGUCCAGAGUCCAGCAACUCACCCAGAGACGAGAUGGAGGAGCUCCACUGGCCCAGCGGUGCCUGUCUGAUCCUGGGGCUGACAGCCCAUCCAUCAUCAUCCAUGAAAAGGGCUUCACAGAGCAUCUCCUGAAUGAGGGAGAAUUUAAUCAGCGAAUGGAGCGAUUUAAAGUGCCAGUCUUCCAGGCUAGCCCUGCCCCCACCCCCAGCCCUGCCAACCCCUGCCCUCGGACCUGCUCCAACUUUGUAUGUGGCAUUCAGCAGAAACUCCAGGGCACUACAACACCCAGCUCCAAGCAGGCUUCUCGCAUUCGCCAGGAACGGGAGCAGGAGUUGAGCCAGUUGCAUUUCCAACCAAUCAGUGAGAAUGCCUGGCUGAAAAGGAGCAGCUCUGAUCCCUCAUUAACUCAGCAGGCUGAUGAUGCUGAAAUGAAAGAUGGCAGCUUCACUGAAGCUCGUACAUCACAUGCAGAGAAGAAAUCUUCAGAUGGGACAGAUGCUGAACUGAGCUCUCAUGAUGAGACCAACACUGCUGAAAUAAUCGACCAGAUGUUUGAGGAGGUGCUGGAAUAUGCUGGAAGGAUAGAGGAAGAGAGGGUGGAUGAUGAAGACACCGAGGACCACGACAGUGGCAUUGGUGCUUGCACUGGAGACAAAGACAAGAUGGACACAGAGUCAGAGAAAGAGAAAAGUGAAGAAGAGGGGGAGGCCAAAGAAGAGGAGUGUGAUGAGAGCAAGAAGCUUGAAAGCAAUGGCGAUGAGCUGCUGACUUUUCCUCCCAGCGGCAUCCUCUCUCCUCUCAGCAAGUCUGUAGAGGCUGUGGUCACCCCUCUGCGACUGGCAGUGAGCCAGGAGUCCAAUCCUCCAUCUCUGCUCCUGACUCCAGAAGAGACCAGCACCCCUCCUGCUGAAUCUGCUCCUCUGUACAGUAUUGAUGCCUACCGCACACAAAGACAGAGUAAGCUGCCCACCAUUCAGAGUGUGACUCCUGGGGUUCAGAGACGAGCUCAAGAGAAGUCCAAGCCUCAACCCUCUGUCAACACCAAGGAGAAAAUCACGGCUCUUAAUGAAGAAGCAGGGAAGCUGCAGACUGUGAUCAACCAGACCCUGCAGGCUCUCAGCUGCUGUACUGAUGAGGAGCAUGGACGAGGCUCGCUGGAGGAGGCUGAAGCUGAGAAACUACUGCUGGUCUCCUGUGAGAAACGCUCUGCCCUGCUGGCUGAGGUGGCCAGACUAAGGGAGGAGAGGAAUUCAGAGUCCGGGGAGGACAGGGAGUAUGUUUCCCAGCAGCCCUGCAGAGGGACGGUUGCCAUCACAAACAUCCAGCUGCCUCUCAAGGUUGAAUUUGUCUGCUCCUCACACAACCGCACAGGUCGUCCGAGUCACUACUUCUUCAUCCUGAUCCGCUACGGACCCUGCAACAUUGUCGCCACCCCGCUGGCCACAGCUGCUGACGCUCAGAACGGAGACACCAUCUCCUUCCCUACUUCUGUCACUCUGAAGGAUAUUCGUCCAUCCUUUGAGAUUGAUGUGGAAGUCUACAGCCUGUCCCAUACUUCAGGUAGUAACUGUGGCAUGGACCGGACCACCACCAAGUCACGGGUCACACCAAGAAAGCUUCUGAAUACCAUCACUAGAUCCAGUAACAGCCUGACAUCUGCUGCUCUUCCUGCUCUCACCACUCGUCGCUCCAGUAACUUCUGUUUGGUGGGCUCCCAUAAGAUCACCCUGGCUUCUCUGGGACACAGCAAGUUCCCUCUGGAUAAGAUGAAACUUGAUGGCAAAAUCAGGAGGCUGCUGGGGGAUGAGUUUCAGGAAAAGGUGCCUUUUCUCUCUCCUCUAGAGGGCAACAUCUACCUGCGACUGGUCAGUGAAAGUCACUCUAAUGUGCAGCACCAAGGCUUUCUGACAAUGUUUGAGUUGAUCAGUGGAUAUGGGUUGUGGCAUCGCCGAUAUUUUGUUCUGGAGGGAUGCAACAUGUACUACUGGAAUCACCCUAAUGACAAAGAAACUAAGGAAGCAGAGGGCAGCCUUUCUCUGUCCAGCUCCCCCAGUCAGUGUGUCAGGCCCGUCAAGAGGGACUCGUGCGCUCGACCUUUCACCUUUGAGCUGGUGAGCAACAUCCCACAGCAGCAGCAAGACGACAGCCAGGAAGCCUUGGCCAAGUGUUGGUUUUCAGCUGACACCAAACAGGAAAGAUUGGACUGGAUGGAGAAACUCAACCAAGCUCUUUUGGACUUUCACACAUGGAACCGAACACCAGAAAGUCAGCAGCCGAACACGUCCAGCAGUGGGAACUUGAGGGAGAGCAUACUGUAACUACACUGACAUCAGGGUUUAGAUUCUUUAUCUCAGAGCUACAGGAGAGGAACUUCUCCUUUUCUCUUCCGUUCCACUGUUAAAUGAAACUGCCAAAUUAUUAUUAUAACAUAUGGCAAGGCACAACCUUAUAUAUCUCAUGUUGAUUUAUAUUUGGGAUGUAUCUAUUUGAUUUUCAUACUAUUGUUUAUUUCUUUUAAUUUGAAUCCAAUCAUUACUGUUGGUUUACACUUUUAUUUGCAAAGUUACUGUUGCCAUUUGAAUAUUUUUAGUUUUUCUUUGUCAUGGUUUUGUGGAAAUUGUGUGGCAAUCUGCUGCUCUCGCCUUCGUUGGCAAUAUUAUUUGGUCACUUUCAGUUGCUAAGGUGAAACUUCUCUCUGUAGCUUAUAUAUUUUUGAAAUAAUUUACACAAAUAUUUAGAUUAAUAUUGUAUUUUUGUAUCAUUUAAACUGGAAGGAUAAACACAUUUGUAUAGAUACACUAAUAAAUAUUGAAGGAGAAGGAAAUCUUUAACUCUACUAAACUAAUCUAGGGUGAGAAUGUAUUUGAAAUGGUAGGAAACACUACAUAUAAUUAAGAUAUAUAGAAGGCAUGCUAGCUAGUGUUAGAAUGGGAGCUUUUCUUAGUCAGACAUACACUUUCUGUUUGGUGAAAUAAUACGUUUUUGAUUUAUCCAUUGUGGGUGGAAGUUAGUGCAGGUAUUUGUUCUGACCCACCAGAUAUUUGGCUGUUACUUCUCUAAAAUGUGCUCAAACAACACUUUGUGCCUUUUUUACUAAAGAAAUAACCAGUCCCAAUCUGCGUCUGUCCUUGUUGACAGUGCAUGUCACCGGCGCCUUGGAGUUGUACUUCCUUCCCAGUGGCCUGAAGUGUUCACCAAUUGUCUGACGUACAUGAUUUGUGCCACUGCACAUAAAUAAACCCAUAUGACUUCAUCUUUAAACCCAUAUAAUAUUUGAAGUACAGUGGCUGAGAGAACUGAGGUAAAAGGGGACUGUAGUGAUGCUGCUACAAUGAAUGUAAUCUGUUCUGUAUAAUGUCCUGUUCUUUUCCAUGUAUCUCCACCUAUCAGUCUGUCACUUUGUUAUAAAUGUGUUUCAUGUGAACUCUCAUUCUAUGCACUUAAUUGGAGGUACCAAUAAAAUAAAAUGGAUUGACAUGGCUACAAA